AACACUUGGUGACUUUAAGGUGGAUGAGGCGCUGAACUGUGGAGCAAAGAGCAAGAAGUCCAGGAAGCGUUGCCACGGUUGGUCCAGGAGGAUACGCCGUUCUGUGCCCUGCAAACGUUCUCCACAAGGGGGCGUCGGCGUCAUCAAGGUGAAGUCUGGUAAGAUGUUUCUUAAGGAAUACUACCUCAAGCACAGAGCCCUGAGCGAGAAAGACCUGGACGAUCUGGUGGCAAAGUCCAACAUGAGUUACGAGCAGGUGAGAGACUGGUUCUCAGAGACCACCAGAAAGGUGGAGGAGGGCAAGGAGCCCUUUAGUGAUGAGGCAGAGGAAGGGGAGGGAGACGACGAGGAAGAGGAGGAAGAAGUGGCGACAGCAGAGUGUGCAGACAGCGAAGGAGAAAUGGAGGUGAGAGAACAAGGAGAGGCCUCAGAUAACGACUGUGUUGGCCACGAAAAGAAGGAGGAGCCUGAUGAGGAGGAGGAGGAGGAUGAAGAAGAGGAGGAGGAUGAAGYGAUCCAGGAGGAAUCUGAACGUGGCAGCCAAUCACAGCCUCAGGCUGAGGAGCAGACAUGAACAGGCAGGUGAGUUUCUGCAGCGAGUAAAAUGAGCCGAGGUGAACGAAAGAAUAAUGUGUUUAGGCAAGAAUUUAAAAACAGGCCGUGAUUUUUAAAAACUUUCAAAAUGAGUCCACACAGUGAUCAUUUUAUCACAGAGUCCAACAACACUGCAGCCGAGAAUUGACAGUUGUUUUUUUUUUGUGAUUUUUUUAUCAACACAAUUGAGAUCAUCCAUAUUUUUUCCCACAGUUUUUGGCACCUAUCUCAUUCUGCCAUUUUUGUUCUAUUUCAAAAUAUUCGACAUCAAAACAUUUGGACCCUUCAGGACAUUUCAGCUACGACUCCUGAUAUUUCAGCAAAUACAUUUUGAGAUAUUUAAGCUUUUCGUCCAUUUCUUUUUAUUUGAAAAUGAAUAAAGUUCCAUUUAAAAUCUAUGAAACCCUUUAAAAUAUUUAUAAACUUUUCACCUGUUCUGCUUUUUUACUAAU